CCCCCAGAGCACAAAGGUCACCAGUCCUCAUCCACACGAAACCCUAGCGCCGAAUCGCGAUCCCCUUCCCCUCGCCGUCACAGCGGCUCCAACCCGUGUGACCGCCGAUCUGGUGCCGAUGACGCAGAAGAAGUGCCGCCUCCGCAGGAGGUCUCCUCGCGAAGGAUCAUCCCGCCGCCGCCGCGGUGAAGAAGGCGCAUCGUUGUCUGGAUCCCAUGUCGAAUCAGAUAGCAGCAGCACGUUGGACGAGCCGGCCGGGCGGACUUCCAGCGCGCCGCCGUCCGGAUCCUUGGACGAGCCGCCGGUCGCCUGGCCGGCUCGCGAGUCCAGGUACCAUGAAAUCCUCGCCUCGCGCCUUGCGGAGUUGCAGUUACAGUUAUGCGCCGCCGCCGCCGACGACGACAUCUCAAAUCUUCCUUCGGAUGAAAUUGUCCAAGCCCUCACUCGUUCUAAUUUCUAUGAUGAUGAGAUGCGGGCUGCUCUGGUAGAAUAUCAAAUCCAAAAGUUCUUGAGCGAACCCCACGGGCCAGGUGUUGGAGAGAGAAAUUCUGUAGAGGACAUGGGCGAUGAUAUCCCUGAGGAGGAAUUCGUCAACUACUCCGAAAAGCUAAAGGCUUGCAGACGUGCUGGAAUCGACACUGAGACUCGGCUGAAUCAAGAGGAGUUUCGCAUGCUCCAUGUCAAGUAUGUACGUUAUCGCAUCAAAGCUUACCUGUUGCUGAAAGGAAAGCAUAUCGACGAGCAAGACGAAGCUACAUCGGAAUCCAAGUACCCUCUGGAGCUUGCCUUGGAGAAUACAUGUUUCUCUCCUUACCUGGAAGAUGGUGUCUUUGGCUGGUAUUUCGACUCUGACCUCUGUUUACUUAAGUCCUUGAGUGACUACCAGCGGCUAGUCCUCCCUAACUGUGCUUGGAGUGAGUAUGGAAGCUUGAGUCAGUACAUCUUGUUUUAUAACACCCAUGAAGCUGAUAGAGACUAUGUGCUGUACUGGGAAAAGAUGGUCAAGGAAAUUAAGUGGCUUGAAAAUCAUGUGCUUAAAGAAGGUACUCCGGAGUGGGAUCAAAUCCGUCGUAAAGGUUUUUACCAAGCAAUUAGGAUUGCUGCUGAGUUCCACAACAUUGAUUUCGGUCUAGCAUAUUAUGGUUUCAUGGAGUAUAUAUGGAGGACUCGCUUUUAUGUCGUGUUUGUGAAAGAUCUUGACCGUGCCUAUUUUGAGAUUUGGAAGCGGAUCAAGGGUCAGACAAGUUUCAGAGAUGCUCUGCAGGAAGUUUGCACUGAGAAUUUGGUACCAUCGCGCCAGAAAACUUUGAAGGCCGAGCUGCAGCGGCCCGGAGGCUUUUUGCAACUGGAGCGACAAUUCCGCCGGUGCACAGAGGGCAUUAGUAAGGAAGUGAAGCUUCCGGAUUGGAGAGUCCAAGAGUUGAUUGCGCAGGAAAUUAAUUACAAGCGUGCAUUGCCAAAGACGUAUGCACACUACGCCAGGAAGAAGCUCCAGAUUGCAGAAGUCUUAGGAAUGAUUCCCAAGGCCGAGAUACCAGCGUAGAUGUGUUUGUUGCUGGAGUCCGCGGUGAUCGUUUGGCAUUAGAUGCCCAAGUACACCUGGGCUUAUAUAUGACGUACCCUUUGAGCAAAUUCUUAAUAUGUUACCCAACAUAAGAUGUGCCUUAAGAUCUUAUAUGAUGAUGUCUAACUUUUUCCUACUCUCUCCGUUCACACAUAAUAUGUUCUAACUUUUUCCUGACUCGGAUGUGUGUAGACACAUUUUAGUGUGUAUGUUCCUCAUUUUGGUCCGCA